GGGCCGGGCGGGGGCUGCGGUCGCCCCGCCCGGGGGAGGAGGGAGCGCGGCGCCGGGCGCGCUGAACAGGGAGCCGGGCGCUCCCGGCCCCACCGCCGCCACUAUGCCCGGCAAGUCUCGCUACAACCUGGUCGACGACAGGCACGACCUGCGCGUGCCGCUGCACAAUGAAGACGCUUUCCAGCACGGCAUCUGCUUCGAGGCCAAGUACAUUGGAAGCCUUGAUGUGCCUCGGCCAAACAGCAGGGUGGAGAUUGUGACUGCAAUGCGGAGAAUCAGGUACGAGUUUAAAGCCAAGAACAUCAAGAAGAAGAAAGUGAGUCUCCUGGUGUCAGUGGACGGGGUGAAGGUCCUGCUGAAAAAGAAGAAGAAGAUGCCUUCAUUGCAGAAAAGAGAGUGGACCUGGGACGAGAGCAAAAUGCUGGUGAUGCAGGAUCCCAUCUACAGGAUAUUCUACGUGUCCCACGACUCCCAAGACCUGAAGAUCUUCAGCUACAUUGCCAGAGAUGGCUCCAGCAAUGUCUUCAGGUGUAAUGUCUUCAAGUCCAAGAAGAAGAGCCAGGCCAUGCGCAUCGUCCGCACUGUGGGGCAGGCCUUUGAGGUGUGCCACAAGCUGAGCCUGCAGCACACCCAGCAGGAUGCGGAUGGGCAGGAGGAUGGUGACAGCGAGGACGUGGGUGGUCCAGCCUGCGACCCAGCCAGAACUGAGAAUGCAGCUGCCCCUACAGAGGAGACGGAUAUCGAUGCAGUGGAGAUCCCUCCACCAGGGAGCAGCACCCUGGAGUUCAGCCGGGGGGUGACAGACCUCGACGCCGUGAGGAACGACUCCGGGCACUCUCUGGACACCAAGGGCUCCCUCCACCCCGAGAGUAUCCUGACUGCAUCGCCCAAGCUGCUGCUCCCCUCCUCAUCCCAGCUGCCGGACCUGGGGACUCCCCUCUCCACUCAUCACCAAAUGCAGCUUCUUCGGCAGCUUCUGCAGCAGCAGACGCAACAGACACAAGUGGCCGUGGCCCAGGUUCACUUGCUGAAGGACCAGCUGGCUGCAGAGGCAGCAGCUCGGCUGGAGGCCCAGGCGCGUGUGCACCAGCUCUUGCUGCAGAACAAGGACAUGCUCCAGCACAUCUCGCUGCUGGUCAGGCAGGUGCAGGAGCUGGAGCUGAAGCUGUCAGGAAGCAACACCAUAGGUUCCCAGGACAGUCUGCUGGAGAUCACUUACCGCUGCAAUGCCAUGCCAGUGCUGUGCGACUCCAUCACCCCGAAGCCUGAGGACCUACACCUGCCGCUGCUGGGCCCUGGCCCUGACUCCACCCAUGCCCUGGGCAGCCCCAUAGGUAGGAGUGACUGCUUGGUGAAGCUGGAGUACUUCCGCUUCCCGCCGGGCACCACGUCACCGUCAGAGCCGCUCCUGGGCAGCCUGGAGCUCAUCAAGUUCCGCGAGUCGGGCAUCGCCUCGGAGUACGAGUCCAACACGGACGAGAGCGAGGAGCACGACUCGUGGGCCCAGGAGGAGCCACUGCGUCUGCUCAACGUACGGCACAAGCAGGGCCUGGGGGACAGCCUGGAUGAUGAGAUCGCUGUGUAGGAGGGUGGCUGUCUCCAGACCGAGACAGGGAGGAGACAGUCUUGGGGAGGGAAGCAGCUGCUGGAGGCCAGUGCUCAGUUCAGGGCUUUAGGCCAGGGUAGGCAGUAAAAGUUCCCUCUCCGCCCCUGUGGCAGGACAAAGCCAGGGCUGUGCUCCCUGCAGCCCACGCCAUCCCAGCAGGCUCUCAGAGCUGUCAGGGCACGCCCUGGCCUUGCUGUGAGAGAGGAGGAGACUGAGUGUGCACAGGCAGGUAUCCCUCUGCUAGAACAGUCAGCGAGCAGUCCCACCCACCCAGCCAGCCACAGAGCGGGUACAGACACAUACCCUCCUUCGAUGUGCAGUCACUUUCGCAGGACCCUCACCGCGCUGCCCCAAGGCUCUGCCAGCCUGGCACAGCUUCUGCUCUGAUCAGACUCCAUAGGCUAUGGCCAGCAAUGUGUGGCUGUAAGUCCAUGGCAUGGCUUUGUCCUCUGUAGUGGAACUGGGGAUAUUUUCAUUAGCCAUAAAAUCUAUAACCCUUUUCUGAAUCCUACCAAGUUCUUGGCCCUAUAACAUCCUGUGGCAAGUAGUUCCACAGGCUCACUGUCCAUUUCCCUUGGUCAGCGUUAGAUUCAUUGCCUUUCAUCAUCAGUGUACCUCCCCUGGUUCUCACUGGGACGGCAUUCCCACCUGCUUUCUUAUCCUAUUCAGUCUUUGACGUGGCCCUGUCAUGUCCCCUCCUGUUCAUCCCCUCUCCAAACAGAGCAGAGUCAGGGGGAUGGUCACAGGAGCUCAGUGUAGGGGUAAUCACCUCUGCUCCCAGCGGAGUCGAGCUAUAGAUUUCAGUGAGAGGCCACCCAGUACUUGAAACUCCCCAUCCUCAGAUGGAGCCUCUUGGCAUUGUGGGCACUUGCCUCUGGGGCCCCUUUGAUUCCUGGGGGCCAGACCUGAUCUCACUAUUGCAGGUCAGGGAAUGCCCCCUGUCUGUAUAACAGAUCCUAGCUCUCUGAGCUCCCCACGUAGCCAGUGGCAGCGGAGCAUGUCCCAGCCGUAGUGUAUUCAUGCCCACACCCCCCUGGGAGGCCAGGCAAAGCUAUUGCCCACUGUACAGAUGGGCACUGAGGCACAGAGCCCAAGUCUGUGCUGCACAGGGAAUUGAACCCGAGUCUCCCAGGCAGGUGCCAGCCUCGCUCUCCAUGGUACCGGUUUUGGAGUUGGUCUCCCUUCCAGUCUUGUGCAGCUGUUCUGCACACUGCUGAGUGAUGAACUGGGAUACUCGCUGUUCCAGUCAUGCCCGGGUCGAACCUGAGCCAUUCAGGUCCAUCUCAGCCCCCCGUGUAUUUUAAAGAAGCCUUAUUGAGGACGCAGGAACAAGCCAUCGCCAAGUGCAGAAAGAAUAGCAAAUAUGGCAGGCAACCAGCAUGGCUUAACAUGGCUUAAUUUGUGGCAAUUGGGGGAGGUCCCGGACAGUUGGAAAAAGGCAAAUAUAGUGCCCAUAUUUUAAAAAAGGAAAAAAGAGAACCUGGAGAACUACAGAGCAGUCAGCCUCACUUCAGUCCCUGGCAAAAUCAUGGGGCAGGUCCUCAAAGAAUCCAUUUUGAAGCACUUGGAGGAGAUGAAGGUGAUCAGGAACAGUCAACAUGGAUUCACGAGGGGCAAGUCAUGCCUGACCAACCUGAUUGCCUUCUAUGAUAAGAUAACUGGCUCUGUGGUGGAUGUGAUAUAUCUUGACUUUAGCAAAGCUUUUGUUAUGGCCUCCCACAGUAUUCUUGCCAGCAAGUUAAAAAAGUAUGGAUUGGAUGAAUGGACUAUAAGGUAGAUAGAAAACAGGCUAGAUUGUCGGGCUCAACUGGUAGUGAUCAAUGGCUUGAUGUCUAGUUGACCGCCGGUAUCAGGCGGAGUGCCCCAGGGGUCAGUCCUGGGGCUGGUUUUGUUCACCAUCUUUAUUAAUUAUCUGGAUGAUGGGAUUAAUUGCACCCUCAGCAAGUUCGCAGAUGACACUAACCUGCGGGGAGAGGUAGAUACUCUGGAGGGUAGGGAUAGAGUCCAGAGUGACCUAGACAAAUUAGAGGAUUGGGACAAAAGAAAUCUGAUGAGGUUCAAAAAGGACAAGUGCAGAGUUCUGCACUUAGGAAGGAAGAAUCCCAUGCACUGCUACAGGCUGGGGACCGACUGGCUAAGCAACAGUUCUACAGAAAAGGACCUGGGGAUUACAGUGGACAAGAAGCUGGUUAUGAGUCAGCAGUAUGCCCUUGUUGCCAAGGCCAAUGGCAUAUUGGGCUGCAUUAGUAGGAGCAUUGCCAACAGAUCAAGGGAAGUGAUUAUUCCCCUCUAUUUGGCACUGGUGAAGCCACAUCUGGAGUAUUGCCUCCGGUUUUGGUCCCCACACUAUAGAAGGGAUGUGGAGAAAUUGGAGAGAGUCCAGCGGAGGGCAACGAAAAUGAUUAGUGGGCUGGGGCGCGUGAUUUACGAGGAGAGGCUGAGGGAAGUGGGGUUAUUUAGUCUGCUGAAGAGAAGAGUGAGGGGGGAUUUGAUAGCAGCCUUCAACUACCUGAAGGGGUUUUCCAAAGAGGAUGGAGCUAGGCUGUUCUCAGUGGUGGCAGAUGACAGAACAAGGAGCAAUGGUCUCAAGUUGCAGUGGGGGAGGUCUAGGUUGGAUAUUAGGAAACAUGUUUCACUAAGAGGGUGGUGAAGCACUGGAAUGGGUUACCUAGGGAGGUGGUGGAAUUUUCAUCCUUAGAGGUUUUUAAGGCCAGGCUUGACAAACCCUGGCUGGGAUGAUUUAGUUGGGGUUGGUCCUGCUUUGAGCAGGGGAUUGGACUAGAUGGUCUCUUGAGGUCUCUUCCAACCCUAAUCUUCUAUCAUUCUGUGAAUCACAGAUCAGGCAUUACCAUGCACUUGUUGAGACACUUUCCCCUGCCGUCACACCAGCCAUUCUCACUCGAAUAGGGCUUGCUGGCCUUCCUAGUCUUGACUAACCUCAGUAUUGUGUCAUCUUCCAGCACACUUUCUUUGUCCUCAGCUCUCUAGGGGUGUGCAGCGAGAGCAGGGCGGAAGCAGGAGAUCCCGGCAGCAGAGCAGCUCCGCAUCACUGGCUUCUUCCUAUUUUCUUUUUCCUUAAGUAAAUCCAGGGAAAUGAAAUGCCAAAGCUGAUGUUAAUGCAGUGAUGAAGUCAGGAAAUUCCACAAGUUCAGGGAGCCAAACUCUUCAGUGGCGUGUACCCCACACACUCCUGGCAGGCCAAAGUCUCAGGGCUUUUUCACGUUUUGGGCAGAUUGGCUGCUCUGGCUCCCUAGCAGAUAGGCCCCACUUCCCCCUGUUUGCUUUCAAGCUGUCUGGUAAGUUCUCCAGGCUGUGCGGCCUGGCUGGGUCAAUGGUGUGGAGAAGGCUGUACUGAUGGGCCUUGCUGUCAUGGGAGUGGUUGCUUGCUGUCCCCAUGGGGCUGCGUUAACAUUUGAUUGGAGGGGCAGAGCAGAUUCCCAGGGAAAAGGCUUUGCUCGGAGGGUGCAAAGGCUGAAUGUGCCUGUCAGUAACUCAGUAAAGCUUGGCGAUCUCAGAAAGCAGAUGGGAGCAAGUUCAUUAGGAUGGACUGUCUAGCUGUAGCACCCAGGACCCAGGACAGGAUCGGGCCCUGUUGUGGCUGCACUGGCUAUGCCCUGAAGAGGUGGCAGACUGAAAAGACAGGAAGUUGACAAAAGCAGGUAGAACAGGGCUCCAAAGGAUUGCAUGAGGGGCUCCGGCAGUGCCCUACCCACAGAUCUGACCCCUCUCUGGGGCUUGGAGUUACCUCCAGUCGCUGCCUGCUCUCAGCUUUCCCCUGACGAUUCGCUGUGAUGCCAUUAGCCCUGACACUAGGGCAGGGCCAUGUGCAAACUUCCUUGCUGGGCCUCCUGACCGUCCCCGGAGUCCUGCGAGCCUUUGGGGUUCAGAGCUGGCUGGGGAGCAGCUUCUCUCUGGAGCCACUAGUAGGGAGAGCGCAGUGAGCAGGGAACCUGGGUCCGUCUGCGGGAGGGUAAGGGGUGAGUUCAUGGGGCAUUAGCAGGUGGGUUCCAGGUGUGUGUGGCGGUGA